GACAUUUUGGGCACAGCAGCAUCAUCAGCGCUGACGUGGACACUACGUGAGCGAGGGCACAGCACGCGCACUGUCAUUAGUGACGAGUCUGACUACGUAAAACUUCGGUCACUAUGGAUUCAGUAUCAUCUCAGCUUGACAGCAGUUUAAAUGAGUCACUAACAGAUGGAGAGGAGAACCACAGUGAAGGCAGUUCAUCUCCUGCAGCAUCUCUUCAGGUAUCUGUGGCUGCAGAAUCCCCUGGCGCGACCGACCUCCAGCUGUCUGAUGGUGAGAUGCAGGACCAAGGUGUCAUUCAGGCUCCUCAGACUUCUGUCAUACAGUCACCACAGGUUGCCACCGUAGCAGACCUGGAGGAUAACGAGUUGGCAGCAGACGCUCAGAAGAGACGAGAGAUUCUCUCCAGGCGUCCGUCUUACCGGAAAAUCCUCAAUGAGCUUUCGACCGAUUCGCCGGCAGUUCCUAAAAUCGAUGAAGAAAAGACAGAGGAGGAGGUGUCGAUCGCGAGCGUGGCCUCAUCGCCACCGUCAGUGCCAACCUCCAUCUACCAGACCAGCGCGGGACAAUACAUUGCCGUCAGUCAAGGGCGAGCCAUCCAGCUGACCAGUCCUGGAGUGGAAGCCCUUCAGGGGGCUCAGACCCUCACGGUGGCGAGCCCUGCCACGACGCAGUCUGGCGCCACCAUCCUGCAGUGUGCGGCUCAGCCUGCGGACUCUCCGCAGCAGUUCUACAUACAGGGAGGACAGGUCCUCAUCCAAGCUGCCACUGGAGACAUCCCUGCCUACCAGCUGCGGUCGCCCAACUCCGGCCUCGCACAAAGCAUCGUGAUGGCGGCGUCUCCGGGCUCCAUGCAGAACCCGACAUCCCAGCACGCUGAGGAAAUCACCCGCAAAAGGGAGGUCAGGCUGAUGAAGAACAGGGAGGCAGCUCGCGAGUGCCGCAGGAAAAAGAAAGAGUACGUCAAAUGUCUGGAAAACCGCGUGGCUGUGCUGGAAAACCAAAACAAGACCCUGAUUGAAGAGCUGAAAGCGCUGAAGGACAUUUACUGCCACAAAGCUGAGUAGCAGCGGCUGUUUGUGGUCACGGGCUGAGGACGGUGCCGUUUUUCAAACUGCUGCAGCAAAACAAAGAGAAAAAAAAGAAAAAGAAAAAGAAAGGACUCUGAAACAAAAACUGCUUUGACCGCCAUUGUGUCUCUGCUCACUCAGGCCUGGUUUUUACGGCUAAUUCACAAGUGUCCCGGGGAAUUCAAGUGUCGCUCGAGCUUGCCAGUUGCGCUCUUGUUCUUAUCUUGUGCUCUUUGCAUGUGAGGACUCGAGUGUCGUUCACACACUUUUGCUUCGCCGCCGCUGGGCGUUGUGCAUGGGCAAGGCCGGCAAGCGAGAGCCAGGCGAAAGAAGAGGAACAGGAAGAGGAAAUACAGGUGCUUCCUGAAAAUGCGCAGAGAUUACGAAAGGAAAAAAAACCCCAGCAAGUUUCUGUGAGGUCAGACGAAAUGCACAAAAAAAAAAAAAAAGAAGCUGCGCAGAUCCACCACCAGCUGCAACCAGGCAACUCCAUCAUGUUUACCCCAUCGUCAUGACAUUUGUGUAAUUUAGGCCUCUGGUCUUAAUUGUUUCAUGCAUUCCUUUUUGCAAAAACACAAUUAAGGAGAAAACAUCCUCAAGCCUUUUGUCCAUGAAGCCAUUUCCUGGAUUUCAUUAACCUGUUUUCGGUUUGUGCAGACACACUUGAUUGGGUUAUACUUUUCAGAAAUAAACAAUGAGUGACGUAAAAGGUCCAAGAUGAAAAUCCUCUUGUGUUUAGGAUUUUUCAGAACAGAAAAAAACUAUAUUUCAAGGCCAAUGUCUAUUUGAAAUGCUCCCCCGCCCCCUCCCUAAAAAACCUUUUCCAGAAGAGUCGUUUUUUGUUUGUUUGCAUCUGUGAAGUGAGUCGUGUGAUUGAACACAAAAGCACAGAAAGGACCAAAGCGUCAUUAAAGAGAACUACAAAUUA